GAGGCCGAGUAGGGCGGCUCGUUGGUGAAGUCGCUUCCGGGGGGCAGCCGUAGCUGUUGGUUACCGAGCAGCUCCUCGGCCGUUUGUCUCUCUAUUGAUCCGUCUGAGGGGUUCAUGGGCGCGAGGAGCUGCUGCGGGUCAAGAAGGAUCCCAAACGCAGUGACCUUCCACCGCUUCCCCUCCUGGAGGAGCGGCGAAGGAGAGCAGAUGUCCCGGCUAACGGAGAGCCGGAGGGCCGGCUAACGGAGGGCCGGAGGGCCGGCUAACGGAGAGCCGGAGGGCCGGCUAACGGAGAGCAGAUGUCCCGGCUAACGGAGAGCCGGAGGGCCGGCUAACGGAGAGCCGAUGUCCCGGCUAACGGAGAGCCGGAGGGCCGGCUAACGGAGGGCCGGAGGGCCGGCUAACGGAGAGCCGGAGGGCCGGCUAACGGAGAGCAGAUGUCCCGGCUAACGGAGAGCCGGAGGGCCGGCUAACGGAGGGCCGGAGGGCCGGCUAACGGAGAGCCGGAGGGCCGGCUAACGGAGAGCAGAUGUCCCGGCUAACGGAGAGCCGGAGGGCCGGCUAACGGAGAGCAGAUGUCCCGGCUAACGGAGAGCCGGAGGGCCGGCUAACGGAGAGCAGAUGUCCCGGCUAACGGAGAGCCGGAGGGCCGGCUAACGGAGGGCCGGAGGGCCGGCUAACGGAGAGCCGGAGGGCCGGCUAACGGAGAGCAGAUGUCCCGGCUAACGGAGAGCCGGAGGGCCGGCUAACGGAGAGCAGAUGUCCCGGCUAACGGAGAGCCGGAGGGCCGGCUAACGGAGAGCAGAUGUCCCGGCUAACGGAGAGCCGGAGGGCCGGCUAACGGAGAGCAGAUGUCCCGGCUAACGGAGAGCCGGAGGGCCGGCUAACGGAGGGCCGGCUAACGGAGAGCAGAUGUCCCGGCUAACGGAGAGCCGGAGGGCCGGCUAACGGAGAGCAGAUGUCCCGGCUAACGGAGAGCCGGAGGGCCGGCUAACGGAGAGCAGAUGUCCCGGCUAACGGAGAGCCGGCUGGGUCGCUGCUGUCGGCCGGAAGGACAUCGCAUUCAACUCCAUCCCGUCCUGCUUCAGGGUCUGCUCCAGACACUUUCACUCAGGUAAACCCUCUCAUGAGAUGCUGGAGUUGGAUCUAGACUGGGUUCCUUCGCUCCACAUGGGUCUCAUUGAGGGGAACCCCCGAGGCACCGAGCAUCCCCUUCAGUCUGUGCAGGGGGACCAGGACCAGAGACGCUCCACAGAGACCAGAUCUUUAAGGGGGACACCGACACCAGGAGGUGAGACACAUAGUCCUGGGUGAACACCUGCUGCUUUGUGGUCAAAACCUCCAGAGUAUCUGUAUCUGAAAGCGACAGUACGGGACCUCUAGCUGGUCCUGAACAAGUCUCAGGUUAGUCCUGGUCCUCUAGACAGUAAACAGACCAUCAGAGAGAAUACGGUCUGUUUCUAUAGAGUUAUUAUUACAGCUCCUUAUCGGAGCCACCGGGUCGGAUUUUGGUGAAAUAGAUGACAUCAUGCAGGUUCAGGGAACCCCGGGAGAACCAGAACCAGGAGGUGCUGUGUCGUAGCCGAGGAGGCCAGGAGGACAUGCAGGCCUGGCCCGCCUUCACCGAGUCUCUGCUCCACCAGGACCAGCAGAGUCCUGAGAUGGCCAACAACGAGGUGCAGGACUCGACACGGGCGGAGCCUCUCGCGGUCCUCAAAGACGGUGGCCUGGACUUGGCCAACGAGCGGACCCAGGAGGACAAGACGUCAUCACGCAGCGCGUGAGCAGGUGAGCGUCAGGUGAAGCGUCGCGCGCACCGUGAGCGUCGCGCGCCUCUUGCCUCCGUGUUCAUGUCAUUUCCUGUGAUGAAAAAUGGCCACAGCUCGAGGAAGAGGAGGAGGAGGAGGAGGAGGAGGAGGAGGCGACUGAGCUGUUCUCCCGAAACGUUGCAGCGGAGCGAGAGACCGGGUUCGGGUUCGGGGCGGCUUUGAGUCGAGCUGCGCACCGGGACCUGGUGUGUGUCCGCCAAGAGUUGUGACGGUUCUACCAACACGGUUCCACCAACACGGUUCCACCAACACGGUUCCACCAACAUGGUUCCACCAUGAGCGAGCUGUCAUUGGACCUCUGGUUCUGUGAGGAGUGCCGAGACUACUUCCAGAAGGAGUGUCCGUCCCACGGGCCCCCGCUGUUCGUCCCCGAUACGCCUGCGGCCCCGGGGUCGGCCAACAGGGCGGCGCUCACCGUCCCGUCGGGCCUAGAGGUCUUCACCGAGGGGGACCGCGUGGAUGUUCGCUGCCUGGAUUCAAACAUCCCCAAGGGGGCGGUCUUCGGUCCAUACGAGGGAGAGCUGGUGUCCAAGGACAAAUCCUCUGGCUUCUUUUCCUGGAUAGUUGUUGAUUUUAACAACGCGUAUCAGUCCAUCGAUGGCAGCGAUGAGACCAAAGCCAACUGGAUGAGGUUUGUCCGGACCUCAUCGGAGGAGAGCGACAGGAACCUGACGGCUUUUCAACGCGGUAGAAACAUCUUCUUCAGAGUGAGCCGGGCGCUGGAGGCCGGAGAGAAGCUCAGGGUUUGGUACAGCGACGACUACAUCCAGCGCCUCCACUGUGUCUCACAGGACAGCAUCGACCGCAACCUGGAGACAGAUACCAAGAAGCUGGCGCUCUUCAACAUUCAGGAGGACUUUAAACCUCCCUGCCUGCAGUCGGUUCUGCAGGGCAAAGCCAACGCCGGCAAGCUAUCCAGCGAAGAGCCAGAUGGCCAGCCUCCUGCCAAGAGGAAGAAGAUCGACCUCAUCUUCAAAGAUGUCUUGGAGGCUUCGCUAGAGGACUCCGGCAAGUCCAGGUCCCAGUCUUCCCUCCACGGUGAGUGCAAAGCAGCGGUUCUCGGGUUGAACUCAUCCGACGGCGGCUUUAACGUACCAAACCUGAAGGUGGAGGAGAACCAGAGCGGCGAGAAAUCCUCCACCUCCUUCUGCCCCAACUGUAUUAUUCUGAAGAGGAGGAUCCAGGAGCUGGAGGAGGAGCUGUCCCGUGCCAGAGGAGAAAAGGGGGGCGUGGCCGGUCCACCAAUGUCUGGACGGACCCUGACCCAAAGAGAUCAGGCCCCGCCCCAUCCUGAGCAAGGCCCCGUUGAGGAUUUUCAAGUGAUGGAGCCCUUGACGCCAACUCAGGUGGUUCUGGAUGAAGACGACCCGGACGUGGACUCGGCUGAUGAGUCCAUUGCUGCAGAUCUUGUCAUUUCUCCAGAAGAAUCAUUGAAGCUUUCCACCGCAGGAGGCCGACGGAUUCGUCGCUUCAAGCAGGAGUGGCUGAAAAAAUUCUGGUUCCUUCGCUACUCGGCGACUCUCAAUGAGAUGUGGUGCCACGUCUGCCGCCAGUACACCGUCCAGUCAUCCCGAACCUCUGCCUUUAUCAUCGGCUCCAAGCAGUUUAAGAUCCACACCAUCAAGCUCCACAGCCAGAGCAACCUCCACAAGAAGUGUCUGCAGCUGUAUAAGCUGCGCAUGCAUCCAGAAAAGACAGAAGACAUGUGCAAGAACAUGACGCUGCUGUUCAACGCGGCGUACCACUUGGCCCUGGAGGGACGGCCCUUCUCUGACCUCCGUCCUCUGGCAGAGCUUCUGAAGAGGUGCGAGCUCAAAGUGGUGGAUCAGUACAUGAAUGACGGGGACUGUCAGAUCCUCCUCCACCACAUCGCCCGGGCUUUGAAAGAAGACCUGGCUGAGAAGAUGCGCCUGUCUCCCUUUCUAAGUGUCAUAAUGGAUGCCCAAAAUGACGACCUGUUCUCAGACAUGGUCGCAGUCUACGUACAGUUCAUUACCAAUGAGGGCUCCCCGAACACAGAGUUCCUGUCCUUGCAGAGACUGAGUGUGGCCAGUGUGGACGGAUAUCUCCAGGCUAUGGAUCGAGCCUUUGGUGUCCUAGGCCUCAGGUUCCAGGACUUGCUGGUGGUGGGUCUGGGGGUAGACGGCACCAACAUCUCCUCAGGAAUGAGAGCCAACCUGUACAUAGCUGUCGAAAAGACCUUUCCUUGGAUCCUCUGCCUCCCUAUCAUGAUCCAUCGGCCCCAUCUGGAGGUGCUGGAUGCCAUCAGUGGGAAGGAGCUCUCCUGCCUGGAGGAUCUGGAAAACAACCUCAAGCAACUCCUAAGUUUCUACCGCUACUCCCCUCGCAUGAUGGCCGAGCUGCGAUCCACUGCUCCGACCCUGUCGGAGGAGACAGAAUUCCUUGGAGACAUUAAGGCCAUUCGAUGGAUCAUAGGAGAACCAAACGUCCUCAACGCGCUCAUCAAAGAUUACCUGGAGGUAGUCGCCCAUCUGAAGGAGAUCAGCAGCCAGACGCAGAGGGCUGACGCGGCAGCCAUCGCUCUUACCCUCCUCCAGUUCCUCAUGGACUAUCAGUCAGUAAAGCUCAUCUAUUUCCUCCUGGACAUCAUAGCUGUUCUCUCACGAUUAGCCUUUACCUUCCAGGGAGUGUACCUGCUGGUGUCACAGGUGGAAGCCAAGAUAGAGGAGGCCAUUUUGGAGAUUGGUCAGUUGGUGGACUGCCCCGGAGAGUAUCUGCAGGAAUUUGAGGAGAAUUUCCGCGAAAGUUUUAACGGCAUUGCUCUGAAGAACCUGCUAGUUGCAGAGUCUAAGUUUCAGUCCAUCAGGGAAAAGAUCUGCAACAGGAGCCAGGGCAUUCUGUCUCAGAGGCUGGACCUGCAGAGCCGCACAUUUGCCAAAGCCUGCAAGGUCCUGGACCUGUCGACCUGGCCCCAAACCCGUGAGGACCUACAAGCUUACGGGGAGGAGGAAAUCCAGGUGAUAUUCAACCAUCUGGACUCCAUACCCUGUGGGGGUCAGGAGGGCUCCCAUGCCAGGACGGAGGCCAGGGGCAGCCUGGUGGUGGAAUGGAAGGAUCUGAAAGCAGACUACUACAGUAUGAACGGGUUUAAAGAGGUCAUCGGUCACAUCUGCAGGUACAAGCAGCGCUUUCCUUUGCUGAAUCGGAUCAUGCAGGUUGUCAGGGUCCUGCCCAGUUCCACAGCCUGCUGCGAUAAAGGCCGAGGGUCUCUGCAGAAGAUGUGUCGGAACAAUCGCUCACGGCUGACUCUGGAGCAGAUGAACGACCUGCUGGCCGUGGCGGUUAACGGACCUCCCAUGGCCAACUUUGACGGUAAGCGAGCGCUGGACAGCUGGUUUGAGGAGAAGUCUGGCAGCAGUUACACUCUGUCCACCGAGGCGGUGACCAAGAUGUCAGGUGGUGACCAAAAGUCUGUCCUGCACAGCGUGGACGUCAACACGGAGUUCUACCCUGACGCCUAACAGCGCUCCUCAACCAGAGGUUCCCAACCAGGCUACUUGCACCUCAGGAGUUCUGCUGAUCUUUAGUAUAAACUUAUCAAUUCAGACUAAAGACAAAAAGAAGUCUUAGUUUUGAAUUUAGUCAAAUUUAAGACUGAAGAACGACUCGUUAGAAAACAAGCUAAACAUAAACAUACUGGAACAUUUGAAUCCAGUUCUGGCAGUCGUACAAAUGAAAACUAAAUAAACAAUUAGAGUCCCGGUUUUGGAACCACUGUCUCUGAAGACGUUUGCAUUCAGCUGGAUGGUUGGAUUAUAACACAGCCACCAAGGGGUCGGGGCCUCUGGGCUUCUCCUGCUAAAAGAGACUCAAAACACCUACAAAGAUACAUAAAAUGAUGCAAAGAGCUACAAAUAGACACAAAGUGACUAGAAUAAGAUGCACAACAAAACUAAAAGAUGCAAAACAACCUCAAAGAAGAGAUCUGAAACAACGCGAAAGAAGAUCAUAAGUGCAAAACUACAGAGACACAAAACAACCACAGAGACACAAAACAACCACAGAACAACCACAAAGACACAAAACAGACACAAAACAACCACAGAACAACCACAAAGACACAAAACAACCACAGAACAACCACAGAACAACCACAAAGACACAAAACAACCACAGAGACACAAAACAACCACAGAACAACCACAA